CCAACACCCCCUGGCAAGUGGCAAUGGCAUUAGCCGUUUACCGUUGCCGUUAGACCGUCGCCGUCGUUAGUGCCAUUAUGAUUGUCACGGCUGCUACCGCACAUUAUUCGCUGCCGGACCAGCUCGCUGUUCUGUCGUAACUUAAUCACGUACGACGAGGCCUGGUUUCGUCCGCAGUCCGCACUGUCGCACAUACACAAACAGCAGGUACACCUUUAUUUGGCCAGUGUACUUAACAUUAAUUUAUAAUACCAAUAGCUACCUAUAUGAUAUUGUCUUACCCAAAUUUGUAUUCGAACCGAAGAAACGUCCUCACUUGUCUAAACUACCACGACAUAGUUUGGAGCUCAGCUUGUCGCUGAAGUGACCCGCCAGCAAGUAGUACGGCAUGACAUAGUAAACUAAUUGUUACACGACCCCUUUGCCAUCGUACAAACGCCGCACACAACAAGACUGUUUUUUUUUUUGGAUUUAUUUUUCGAUAACUCCCGUUCCUAAAGUUUAUGGAAUUUGUUAAGUCCUCAGUGUAAAGACAUGGCUCGAGAACCCGUAGUAGUCCACGUUUACGACAUGUAUUGGAUCAAUGAAUACACAACACCAAUGGGACUUGGUGUUUAUCAUUCAGGAGUCGAAGUAUACGGACAAGAAUAUGGAUACGGAGGCCACGAUAGAUCAGAUUCUGGUAUUUUUGAUAUGAUUCCAAAAGAUGUUUACGAAUUAGGCGAUCAUUACAGAUACAGAGAAUCAGUUUACGUUGGUCACACAGACUUCAAUCCAGCUGAUGUAAAAAGGAUAUUGACAGAGCUUGGCAAAGAAUUCCGUGGAGAUCGUUAUCAUUUAAUGACUAAAAAUUGCAAUCACUUUUCUGGUGAACUGACUAAAAUUUUGUGUGGACAAGAAAUACCAAGUUGGAUUAACAGACUCGCAUACGUUAGCUCUUGUAUUCCGUUUUUCCAACGUUGUCUUCCAAAGGAGUGGUUGACACCAAUUUCUCUUCAAAGGAGUUUGUCUCGGAGGAAAUCUGAUGCUUCGACAGAACAACUCAACCCAUAACAUGUACAUUAAAUUUUAAGCCAAUACAAAAUACUUUGUGUGCCAUUCACUAUAAAGAUCAGGCAAAACUUUUUGAACUACUACUACUAUUAUUAUUAUUAUAACUAUUAUAAAAAAUUGUUUUUAAAACAUCCAAUUUUUAGGAUUAUAUUAUUAUAUACACUCGUAGAUACGAAAUUAAGUAUUAUUAUAUGUUUUUAUUUUCAA